UAUUUAUAUAACACACAGCUAGUCCAAACCUUCCAUAGCAUUCAAGCCUUCAACCCCAAGACCCCAAAGACGCACAAAAGAAAACCAAAAAACAAAUCAAAAUCCACCGGGAGAGCUCAAAAACCAGAGAUGGGCAACAGUCUAAGGUGCUGUUUGGCUUGCGUACUACCGUGUGGAGCCCUAGACUUGAUACGGAUCGUCCAUUUGAAUGGCUACGUAGAAGAAAUCUCACAUCCUGUCACCGCUGGCGAGAUCUUGGAAGCAAACCCUAAUCACGUUCUCAGCAAACCCAGCUCCCAAGGCGUCGUACGCAAAAUUUUGAUACUCUCGCCGGAGUCGGAGCUCAAGCGAGGCAGCAUCUAUUUCUUGAUUCCGUCUUCUUCUGUGCCGGAGAAGAGGAAAAAGAGUAAGAGCAACGGCAUUAAGAAACCCUCAAAAAAGAGCAGCAAGAGCCAAAGCGAUAGUACUGACCGUUACUUGACGGAGAUUGUGACGGAAAAAAAGUUUACGUCUCGCCGGGAUCGGAGGGCUGGCCGUGUCGCAGUAUGGCGGCCUAAUCUCGAAAGCAUCACCGAAGACUAAUAUUUUAUUUUUCCGGUGAUGGGGACUUUUUUUGGGAGGGGUACAUGGGUUCGUAUUGCUUCUUGUGGAUAUUUUUGUUUUUUGUUCUUUUUUUUUUUCAGGUCUGCGUAGUAUAACGGCAGAUUCUGAGUUAAAUUCAGUAUUCAUGAGGUCAUGAUCUGUUUGGUUCUCAAGAAAAUCAAAGAAAGAAAAUCAUGGCUAUAUUGACAGAGCGAGAGAGAAAAAGGAAAUGUUCGUAGAAAUACAAUUGUAUUUACACCAAGUUUGUAAGUAAAUAUGCUGCUUCUUUUA